AUGCCCGAGGACAAUGAAACUUACGACAUGGCGGACUCGUACUGCGAGCCCGAAGCCUCAGACAUGGCCGUUUUACUUCAGGCAAAUGAAGACAAAAUAUUAAAUGCCUCUAUGAAAGCACUUAAAAGUGGAUCGUUGACACCCCUGGUCAAGGAGGAGCUUAGAUUCACAAUUCAGAGUCGUCGGCUAGCAGCAGGGAAGGGUGAGCUUAAGUUGGAGGAGUUUAAAAAGCCGCCAAAGAGAAAACUGGUGACUGAUGAAGAAAGAAAGAGAGCUCAAGUGCGGAGGCUACAGAACCGGGAAGCUGCACAGAGGUUUCGACAAAGACAGAAAGACCAGGCCAGCUAUCUCUCAGAGAACAACUAUCAACUGAAGUGGCAGGCAGAACAACUAUCAACUGAAGUGGCAGGCAUAACAACUAUCAACUGA